AUGAACGAAUGGAAACGAUACUUUGAAGAAUUACUCAACGUCAAGUCAAAUACAUCUCCAACUACACAAACAAUUCCACCAGCCGACAAAGAUCUUCCAAUCAACACGGGUCCAAUUUCGAUCGCUGAAGUACAACAAGCAAUCAAACAGCUAAAAAACGGAAAAUCUCCCGGACUCGAUCACAUCAUAACACCAGAAGUACUCAAGCAUUAUGGAAUACCAAUGAAAAUGAUCAACGCAAUUCAAACUAUAUACAACAACUCACGAAGUGCAGUUCUGGUGGAUGGUCAACUCACAGAAGAAUUCGACGUCACUACCGGUGUUUUACAAGGUGAUACAUUGGCACCAUUCCUCUUCAUUAUUGUAAUCGAUUACGUCAUGAAAAAUGCGGAAACACAACACACAAAUGAACAAGGUGAACAUGGAUUUGUAACAAAUCAACGACAAUCAAAACGACAACCAGCAACAACAAUUCACGAUCUAGCCUUUGCUGAUGAUAUCGCUCUGUUCGAAAGUAACUUCGACAGAGCACAAACACAAUUGAUCACAACAAUGAAUUGGGCCGAUAAAGCAGGCUUACAAGUUGGAUGUUUAGAAGAUAUUUAUGUUCUUUCAAAUGUUUUAAGACCAACAACAAUUCGACCAAUUUUUUCAUAA